AUGGAAGGCAUCAAUCCGCAGAGAAUGGCCAUGAUAGCCAACACGUCAGCACCAGCCAAGCAACUUGCGACGAUGCAGCGCGGCUACCUACAGAAGACUCCGAGAGGUACGGCAAAGCUAGCAGAGAUCGCUGCCAAAGUAUGGCGCAUAUGCUUCAAGAGCUCAGAGUCUUUUGGACUCUAA